UAAAGCAAUUAUUUUCUGUGAAGUAUUCUGACGUGUUUUUUUUAAAAGAGUUUGAAUCGAAAAUGUUAUGAUUUUGUGAAGCAUCGAUACAUUUUUGGCUCAUGGCGAACCUAUUGAGGAUAUAUUACUUUCAUUCGUGCGAGUGACAACUGUAUGUAAAAUGGAUUGUCAAGUUCGAAGCAUGGCAGCAGCUGCAUCAAGGAUAUCAGAAGAUGUAACCAUUCCAGAAGGCAAAGUUGAAUCGGUUUGUCGUGAAUGGCUAGUCAGAGAAGACAGUGUCUUGGCUUACAAACUUCAAACAGAAGAAAUUGAGCAUCAUUAUGGCCACAACAAAGAAAAGAAUCAACUUGUCAGGUCUGAUUUUCAAGAAGCUUGUUCUGCUCAAAAAUCGGAAGAAGAAGAAGCUGCAAUGGUUCAUAUGGCUUAUGAAAAAAUGCUCAAAGAACAAGAAGAUCAUGAUGCCUUUAUUGCACAACAGCUUCAAGAAAAAAUCCUGAAAGAAGAAAUGGAAAGACAGAAAAAGAUUGAGGAGGAAGACCAGCGAAUUGCAUUGGAACUUCAGAAGAAAGAAAAGUUACGUUUACAGCGAAAAAGAGAAGAACGAGAACUGAGGCAAGCUGAAAAAGCUCGUGUGGAGCUUUCGGGAGCUUCCAACUCUUCUAGUAUAAAAUCCAUAGAUGAUUUGUUGUCAACUAAAGAAGCCUGCUCUAGUCAACUUGAUAGACGAUUUUCCAGCCUUAGUUUGGAGCCACCUGAUGAUUUAACUCCUGAACAAUUUCAAAGAUUUGUGGAACAACGAGAUGCUGAAUUAGCAAGACUACUUCAAGAGCAAGAAGGAAAGAUUAAAGAUGACAGCAGGCAAGAUAGACAAAUGGCUAUAGAAGCUCAAGAUCGAGAAUUAGCUAAAAUUCUUCAGGAGCAAGAGAGGGCUCGAGCAAGAAAGGCACGGGAAAGGGCUAGGCAAAAAGCUGCUUUAUCUCAGCAGGAGAAUAUGAACUUUACUGCUGAGUCCAUAUCACAGUAUCCUGAAACUCCUACUGAUGACCCUCACACUAAAGAAAGACUUAGAAGUCCAGAAUGGAAUACUGCUGAUCGACGAAGUUUUGCAUCGGACUUUUCUGGCGACCCUGUUAACAACAUUGCUGCAGCUAUUGAUCCUACUUACAAUGGUUAUCAUUCUCCAUUGUCAUCUCCAGGUUCUCAUCUGUCUUCACCAACCUCUCCUUUAUCAUCUCCCAUGGCAGAGACACCUCCGUAUACUUCUGCCUUAAACAGUGGAAUGUACAUCAGUGCUGAAGAAGAAAUUGUUGCCCCUCCUUAUAUGCCUAUACAAGGUACUAGGAGACCAAACACUCUGGAAAAGAGCAAAAAAACAAAGAAGGGAAAAGAUGGCUGUAAAACACAAUGACCAAAUAUUUUGCUAUUUAUACUCUAGUUAUAUUUUAAACAGGAUCUUUCUGAAACACUAUUUCUAUUGCAUACACCAUGAAUGACAAAACUAUUUUUGUAUUUGGUUUUCUAGAACUUUUCUAACUGAAAUAUGUUUUCUGCAUUCAGAUUCAACCUUAGCACAUUUAUCAAUUUUUGUACUAAUUGCGUAAUAGUUCUAAAUUAAUAUACUGUAUUACCCCGCAUUAUCCGGCAUGCUGGAAAAAAGCAAGGCUGACCAGCAUGCUGUGAAAUUGGAAUUUUCCGACAUGCCAGAUAACUUGAGGUUUACUUUGCAACAAAACAAAACUAAAUUUCCCCAUUCAGUUCCAAUCAGAAAGCAAACCACUGUAGGAAAAAAAAAUUCUAAAAGUAAGCUUCUUUCAAAAAAAAAGUGUAUUGCAUAUAAUAUGUGCUUCUUAUUUAUGGUAGGUCAUUAUUAAUGGAUUUGAUUAUAUGCCAAUAAAGUAAUCAAUUCAGAAUUAAUUAUCGUUACUGCAAUUUGUUCAUAACUUUUUUCAAUUAAUUAUUUAAGGUUCCUUUUAGAGAUUAUAAGUUUAAUUUUUAUUUAUUGAAUAGC